AUGUGUCCCCCGAAUAUGGGAAUCCCACCGGGGAGACAAGCGCAGAUACUCGCAGCCCACGUUAGACUACAGCUGCAGGUCGCGAGAGAAUCCUUCGCACCCGCCCCCAAGCUCUCUGAGGUUCCACAAAAUAUCACACACUUAAUGCAUAUGUUCACAAGCAUUGUUACCUCAGGGGAGUUCGAUCGAGCCUUCGAACGCUUCGGAAUCACGGAGCAGGAGGCCAACGAUCACCCUGUUCCAAACCCCGCCCGAAUCCUCCUGCGGUUCGAGAAGUUUUACGAGUGGGUGCGUACAAUGGGUUGGGCUUGGGUAGAUGAGGAGGGGAGUAAGAGUGAGAGCCAGAGCCUGGUUGGAAGUACAACUUCAAACACCGACACUGAGUCCAAAGAGACCGAACCCAACGCCUGGACGAAGUCAUACAACGCCCCGACCGAAGAUCAUCUCGAAGUCUUCCAUCAUAACAUGGGCCGGAUCCUCGAAUACAUGAUUGAGGCACUGAACAGCCUCGCGACUCUGGCGCAGGCUCAGGCAGACGGGAUGGGCGAAGACCAUAUUGGCGCCGCCGCCGCCCAAAUGAUCGCCCACUUCCACGACGCGUAUCGAGUCACGGGGUUCCUGUGGGAGAUGGAGAGGUGGUUGAGGUCGCCGCUUGUCCAGCCUGAGAGCACACCUGGACAUGAUGCAGACGUCGAUGACGCGGACGCCGGUGGGACGGGGAACAGUGAGACCGCUACCGAGCCGGCGGACUGGAAUGUGGAUUCUCCAGGCGCAGAAGACGCAGAAGAGCCUCAGGAGCUGGAGUACCCGGAAACCAUCGACUCCGAGCCUGAAACCAUUCCGUCCGAGCGCCCGGCAGCGUUAGCACCCAGCGAACCCACCAUCCAACCCCCCACCCCCCAAACCCAACCCAUCCCCCUCCAGCGCCCCAAUCCCCGUCCCCGCACUCUGUGGCCAGUCAUCAUGGACCCACCCCUCGUGGAAGGAAACAUGUUCGAGGACGCCAAUGAACGGUACGUACUGAGCCUAAUGAGGGCACACCCGGCCAUCCACUGGGGGCGCGUGUUUGUGGCCGUUGGCGUGGCAUUCUUCCACAAGGAGAACUGGGCUCCGUGGGUCAGGCGCAAGAGGGAGUUCGUUCCGCCGCACGGAAGCCCCGCGAUGCUGAAUAUGGUUGUUUACAAUCUGUUGAAUUUUCGCGCUGAUGAUGUGUUGCGUGCGGGGGGAUGGCGCAUCGCAGGUUAG